AUGGGAUCUCGCAGAAUCAAGAGCGGAUUAACGGCAGUGGUAGUGUUGAUCCUCCUAGUUCUUGCGUCACAAGAUUCAGCAUCAGCUAGGAUACUCUGUGGUUCUGUUUCAAGUAGCAGUGCGGCGGCGCAAGAGAUCAACGGCGAUGCGGCCAUGACGUUAUCUCCCGGCACCGGGGAAGGAGAGCACGUCGUAUUGGGGACGGGGAGGAAGGAGAAGUACUACUACUACGAGUCGUCGCUGUUGCUUAAUGUUCUGCCUAAGGGUAGUCGGGGGCCAUCGGGACCCAGCAGACGGACCAACGACCUCCUCCAUUAA